AUGUCGAAACGACUCAGUAGAGCUUGUGCAAGUUGCCGGCGUAAAAAGAUCCGCUGUGAUGGAGUAUACCCCAAAUGUAAAGCAUGCAAUAAGUCAGGGAUCGAAUGUAUAUAUGCGACACCACCACUUCAAAGUUAUGUACCUCGAAAAGAUGCUCCAGAAGUAAUAAAAUUACUGAUCAAUGGCAGUAAUUCCACAACCGCCAUUGGCCAUGUGCCAGUAUACGAGUCUCAAGAGAUGUCAGAGUAUAAACAAGCAGCCAGAACCAAGUUCGAAGCACGGUCAAGGACGCAUCUGCAAAGGUUACACGAGCUAUUAUCAGUACGUAAAGAUGGGAAGCUUCUUCGUGAGCUCAUUCAGAAUGCUGUGGAUCUGGUUUAUCCAUGCUACAUGCUUCCACAUUUUCCCAGUCUGACUGAUGGCCUGAUCAAUGGACCAUCACAAUUAUAUAAUGAUGCGCUAUUCAAAGUAUCAUGUUAUUUAGGAUUCAGAUUCUUGCGUCCUGAGACACUGGAGACAAAUCUUAAAUACCUUAAGGACUUCCGAGAAGAUAUCCAAACACAACUGGCUAUGUCUAUUACGCAAGAAGCAACUCUUGCAACUGCUAAUGCAUUCCUUCUACAGUCGAUCCACGACAUGGUAUAUGGCAAGACAUCACUAGCAUGGACUUAUAGUGGUAUCGCUUUUAGGAUGGUGGUUGAUUUAGGAGUGCAUCAUCCAGCAGAGAACCUCAAGCGUUUGGCUUACUACCCAGAAGAAUACGAAAUGCGUCAACGUCUCUGGUGGAGCAGUUAUUUGUGGGAUAAGCUCAUAUCUCUAUAUAUGGGUCGAAUGCCAACAUUUCCUUCAGUUCAUCCAGAUAUGCCUCUGGAAUUCUGUAAGUUCUUUUAG